ACAAAUUUCUUUUUCUCAUUAGAGUGUAAUAGUUUCUUCUAAUGAUCAUCCAUAACCUUAGAACCCCAACCCCCAAUAUUUUCACUCACAAAAACCCCCCCAAAAGACUCGAUUUUGAUUUUUCCAAAACCCUAGAAUUGACAAGACCAAUUUUGGGUUUACUCACAAUGCCUCAGGUGAAGAUCAUAGCCAAGAAUUUCAUGGACAUGGUGGCCUCCUUACCCGCCAUGAAACUCGAUUCUCUCUACGCCAAUGCAUUCAUCUGUGAAGCCAUUCUCAGGUCUUUGCCACCUCUGGCCAAGAAAUAUGCUUUGCAAAUGUUAUGUAUUGAAGGUCCUGUAAGUGCUAAAUCAAUGGAGGAAUGGGUACUUCCUGAUGGAGCUUCUAAGCAUAAAGUUGCCAUUGAUCGUUUACUUCAGUUGAGAGUAUUUACUGAAACUUCUGACAGGAAAAGGGAAAUAACUUAUAGAUUAAAUCCAGUGUUUCAGAGUAAUCUCCAGAAGCUUUUAAUCAAUGGUGAAGUUUUGCCAAGAGAACCAAUGGCUACCAAUCUAAUAGGAAGGCUUCCAAGCUCGGAGGAACUUAAUGCUUUUGCAGUCGAACAGUGGGAGUGCUUCUUGCUGCAACUUAUUAACUCAUCUCAAGCUGAUAGGCCGUCAAAUAUUAGCUCUUCUACGAUGAAGGUUUUCCAGCGCGGCCUUUUGAGUCAAAGGGAGAAAGAAGCUCCACGAUUAACCGAAAGUGGUUUCCAGUUCUUGCUGAUGGAUACAAAUGCACAACUUUGGUAUAUCAUCAGAGAAUAUAUCUCUAACUCUGAGGAGAGGGACAUUGAUUCAGCAGAGUUAAUUUCAUUUCUUCUUGAGCUUAGUUUUCAUGCCACAGGCGAGGCGUAUAACCUCAACUCAUUGAGUGACGUUCAGAGGGAGACGGUCAAAGAUCUUGCAGACUUGGGAUUAGUGAAACUUCAACAGGGUAGGAAGGAUAGCUGGUUUAUACCUACUAAACUAGCUACAAAUCUUUCUAUUAGCUUAACAGAUUCAUCAUCACGAAAACAGGGGUUCGUGGUUGUGGAAACGAAUUUUAGGUUGUAUGCCUAUUCAACUUCUAAAUUACAUUGUGAGAUCUUACGCCUUUUCUCACGGGUAGAAUAUCAACUUCCGAAUCUUAUAGUUGGAGCAAUUACAAAAGAAAGCUUGUAUAAUGCUUUCGAUAAUGGCAUUAGUGCAGAUCAGAUAAUUUCAUUUCUGCAGCAGAAUGCACACCCUCGUGUUGCAGAAAAACUACCAUCUGUACCCGAGAAUGUCACCGAUCAGAUCAGAUUAUGGGAAGCAGAUUUGAAUAGGAUCGAAGCGACCCCUGCAUAUUAUUACGACGAAUUUCCUUCAAGGGAAGUCUUUGAGGCUGCUUGCGACUUUGCACGAGAAUGGAAUGGUUUAUUGUGGGAAGAUAUGAAGAAGAUGCGUCUGUUGGUCAAGGCAGAAAUCCACAUGAACAUGCGAGAGCACCUUCGUCGUGCAAAGCAGUAAGUUAAAGAAACUCGGGUUUAUUGUCUUGUGCCAUAUUCAGUGCCAUCACAGCUUGUGCUUGGGAAUAAUCUCGUCGGAAGAGUAAAGCCCGAAAAGGGGUGGUAUUUCAACACUGAGAGAAUGAUGAAAUUUGACAAUUUCGGUUUUAAGCUUUCGAAUUCGUCUGGAGAAGGCGAUGAUGAUGAUGAUGAUGAUGAUGAUGAUGAUGAUGGCGAUGAUUUUACGGGUAAUGUAAAACUACUAUAGAUAAAAGGAGCAUUGUUGUGUAACUAAUGAACAGGUUUGAAAAUCCAAUAUAUUUUGUUUGGUAAUGACUAAUAAUAGAGUUGGUUAAUGAUGGGAGUGAUUUUGA